AUGGUCUACAAAAUUAAAAUAUGGAUUGACGGAGGAUGUCGUGGAAACGGAAAUAUCAACGCCAUCGGUGCCGCAGCAGCCAUUUCGAUAGACCCGUAUGAAAAAGAAGAAGCAUGGCAAUUUAUGCCGUCCAAUAGGUUGAGACCAGUAACCAACCAGCGUGCUGAGCUUUUAGCUGUUAUUAUAGCACUCCAACAAGCAUGGGCGAAGUGCGAGAGUCUUGAUGACAACCCUUGGUUAGACGUUGAGAUCCACACCGAUUCUAGAUUUGUCAUUGGCUGCAUGACCAAUUGGAUUGAGAAGUGGAGUCGCAAUGGAUGGACUAAUUCUAUGGGAUGUCCGGUCGUUAAUCAGGACCUUAUUAAGAGAACAUAUGAGCUUCAGAUGAGAUUGAAGGAGGAGGGUAAUGUUGAGUAUACUUGGGUACCACGAGGAGAGAAUGUUGAGGCAGACGGACUUUGUAAUAAGUUGAUGGAUAAACAUUCAUAG